AUGGAGCCUGAAUUCCAAAUUCCCAAAUCGGCCACUGGCCUCCGCGAGAUUCCCCACCAACUUCUCGACUUGAGAUCCGCCAAGGACAUCAUUGCCCAGCUGCAAACGUUCCAGCCCAUUACAUCUGAGAAGAAUGUUUGGGCAUUCUGGGACAAGGGCAUUGAUAAGAUGUACCCGAGCUACCGUUGCACCGUCCUGAAUUGGGUGCGACGCCUUGGACCUUCAUGGACUGUGCGUAUUGUGGACCUUCUGGAUGAUUCACCAAACAACAUCUACAAUUACGUCGGCGAAGAAUGGUUUCCUGAUUGUUUUGUCAACAAAACUAUGGAUGGUAGACACGCUCCUCAGCAUGCUGCUGAUCUUGUGCGUUUGCCUCUGUUGUUCGAGCACGGAGGUGUCUGGAUGGACGUUGGAAACAUGCUUCACACACACCUCGACGCACUCUUCUGGGAUGCCCUCACAGCCCCUGGCUCGCAGUACGAGAUGGCUGCGUGGGUCAUCAGCGGUCAGAUCCGAAAACAAUGGGGUAGCUUCGGCAACUACAUGCUCGCCUCUAGAAAGGGCUGCAAGUUUAUCGAGAACUGGCACAACGGCUACAAAGCAAUUUGGCAAGGUCGAACCAAUGUCGACGGCGUCCACAACCAUCCUCUCAUCAAGGAUAUCGGGCUCGCCGAUGGCAUAGCCGACUGGGGAAUGGAGGACAAGGUCAAGUCUAUGAGUGACUAUGUUUCUCAGAUGCUCAUCGGCGACCGCAUCCGGAACCUGUACGACGUCAACACCGGCUGGAAUGGCCGUGAAUUCUUUGAGAACAAGGUCUUCAUGGUUGAGGGUAUCUGGAAUGGAAUCCUUGGCGCCAUCAGAACCGACUACGACGGGUACAAACAGGUCGAAAUGUUUACAACGCGACUGGACGAACCGGAUCUGGAGAAGAGGGCAAAGGCUGAGGCGUUUGUCAUCGAGAUGCUCGAAAAGAGCCACAUGUACAAGGUCUACCACAGCUCCGCAGGGGGUCCCCCCGCUCUGGGAGAUCUUGUCAAGCAGAUCCAGGAUUUGGAUCAUCGACCGGGCACUUUUGGAGAAAUGUAUCGAUAUGGAACAGUGCACUGGGAGCCAACGAGGGAGGUUGAACAGUUGGAGCUGCAGAAGAGUGAGGAGGAUCUUAUUUACGCUACGCCAACUGAAUCUGCGGCUCAGGCAGCUUCGAACGGCUAUGAUGUUACGACUUCACGACUUUAG